AAAGAGCUAAGAGAUAUGGGUGAUGUUCAAGCUCUGGAACUGGCUGAUAUUGUGGAAAACAGGGGGUUUAUUAGCCAUGGUUGUUUUGACUUAAAUGGGAUUUGGGGCUCAGAUGACGAUGAUGACUGUAUGUGGUAAUUAUUGUAUGCUAACAUGAUGUUUCGUCACUAUUAAGAUAUUUUGAUACAUUGCGAGUAUGCUAACAACAUUUUAACCCAUGUAUGUGUAAAUUAAAGAUUUUUCCUAAUGUUGUGUCUGCCAAUUAAAUGUUAAUUUGUUUAGACCAUAUCACCUACCCAUGAGGCAUGUAAUGAUUCUGUUGUAUUGAUAUAAAAAUGUGUUCGGUUGGUUAGGGAAGGUGCACUUGAUAAAUGUGCAAUCUUUGUGUUGCUCAAGAAAACCCACCAAACUCAAUAGGUGUGAGAGGAUUACUUGGGCUAAAACAUUUGACUUUAAAGUCAAUUAUGCUUACGAGGUGCAAUUGACGUAGGUGGGGUGAUGAGUUUGGGUCGGGACUUGGCGGGGGGUUUACCGGGGGG